AUGGAUUUCUUUUAUUUCUUUUAUUAUGGAUUUCUUUGCUUCCUUGCUCUCCCUGAAACCAAAAGCUUAUUCUCCCGCCAUUCACCUGCCGGAACUCCGCCGGCAAUGGAAUUCUCGGACGAGUGGAAGUCUCUUUGGCCAAUAUCUUCAUCCUAUUCGCCACCACUUCUACUAUCAAAUUAUUCACACGAAGAAAAAUCCUCCUCAAAACGACGUCGUAUUGAUAGUCCAAUUGGCCCUUUGAUUUUCAAGCCAUGUGCGGAAACCCUAAGACUACUCCUCCGGUCGCCAUUGUUAUCAACUCGGCUUCCUCCUCCAGUUCCUGAGUUUUCUCUACCAAGAUUUCUACAAACUUCAAGUAGUACACUUCCUUCUACAGCUUCUUCAAUUGCUACACAGUUUAUUACUCCACAGGUUUCUGAAUCAAUUCACAACUUUAAUGCAAUCCAAUUGGUCCAUUGCCCUAAUAUUUGUGAAACUAACAAACCCAAUUCGGUUCUUGGAUUUUUUCCAACCGGGGAAAAUUAUGACCAAGUUGGGUAUUUUAUACUAUGUUUUGAGGAUAAACAAGUUGUGGUUAAGAAAUUUAAGAAUGGGAAAUCUUUGUUAGUGCAUAAUCACAAGUUGAAUUGUAGGAUUUUGAGGUUAUUAGUGAACCCAGUUACUGUUAGUGAAAUUGAUGAUAGUGCUUGUUUAUCUACUUUUGGGUAUUUAUUGGUUUGUACUUUGUAUUCUGUUCAUUGGUAUAGUGUGAAGAUGGGGGUUAAAGGUGUUGGCAGUGUUACAGUUGAUUACGUGGGUAGUGCUGAUAGAAACUUGUUUAAGGGUUGUGCUGUUUCUCAUGCUUGUUGGAGUCCACAUUUGAGAGAACAGUGUGUUGUGUUGUUGGAAAAUGGGAACUUGUACUUGUUUGAUAUGGAUUCUUGCCUGAGGAGUCGGACUUUGUUUGCUUGUGAUGUAUUGCAAGGGAAGAAAUUGCAGGUUUUGUGGGAUAAGUUGGAUAGAGAUGGAGAGUGGCUAAGCUGUGAAUUUAGCUGGCAUCCGAAGAUUUUGAUUGUUGCGAAUUCAAGGGCUGUGUUUUUGGUGGAUUUGAGGUCGGAGAAGGGCAAAGUCUGCACCUUGCUAAAGAUUGAGGCAGUGUCCUUGGGUAAAACUGAUAGAUUUCUUGCACUCUCUAGAGUGGAGUCUGACCCCUUUUGU